CGCGCUCCAUUCAAUAAAUCGCGGGAACGCGUGACCCGCGGGAUAGUGCCAUUGUACUGCAUGUUUAGCAUGGUCAGUGAGUGUUAUACGCAAUGUAUAUAAAGUCUAUAACAAUAGACGGCUUCAAGUCUUACGGUCAGCGCACAGAAGUCAAGGGAUUCGAUCCGCUCUUCAACGCAAUCACUGGUCUGAACGGGAGCGGGAAAAGCAACAUCUUGGAUUCGAUAUGUUUUCUUUUAGGAAUUACAAACCUUUCUCAGGUCCGUGCAACCAAUCUGCAAGAGCUUGUGUUCAAAAAUGGCCAGGCCGGGAUAACGAAAGCCACUGUGUCGAUAACGUUCGAUAACAAAGACAAGAAACAGUGUCCCGUCGGUUACGAGCACUACGAUGAGUUCACAAUUACACGACAGGUUGUUGUCGGUGGUCGAAAUAAGUACCUCAUCAACGGCGUCACCGCGAACGCAAAUCGUGUUCAAGACCUCUUUCGUUCAGUUCAACUGAACGUGAAUAACCCUCAUUUCCUCAUUAUGCAGGGAAGGAUUACAAAAGUCCUGAACAUGAAGCCUCCUGAGAUUUUGUCCAUGAUUGAAGAAGCAGCCGGCACUCGCAUGUACGAAAGUAAGAAGCAGACGGCGGAGAAAACGAUAGAAAAGAAAGAUGCCAAAUUGACUGAAAUCAACAGUAUCUUGAGCGAAGAAAUCACUCCCACAUUAGACAGGCUCAAAGCGGAACGGCAAGCCUACAUGGAGUACACUAAGGUAUCUCGCGAGCUUGAGCAUCUCACCAAGCUACACGUAGCGUGGCAAUACGUCCAGACUGAGAAUGUGAGUAAUUGUUCCGAGGGUAAAAUCGAGGAAGUUGACACAAACAUGAGGAAUGCUGAGGAGAGUACGAAAGAGCUUCAAAGGAAUAUUGAAGACAUCUGUAAGCAAAUAAAGGAGAUGGAAAAGAAGGUGGAUGAAGAGACAGGUCAAAAACUCAGUGGCCUGGAGAAAAAUCUGCAAGAAUGCCAACUAGAAGAGACAAAAGUAGUGUCCGAUAUACAGCAUGUAAAGGAUCGCAUCAAGGACGACAACAAGAGUAGAAAGGCUUUGAGCAAGAACAUUGAUGAGGAUAACGCUGCCAUCACAUCAAAGAAGAAGCAAGCCGAGACACUUCAGGCCCAAUUGGCAGACCUGGCAGAAACGAGUAAAAAAGAUACGGAGGCAGUCGCAGCAGCACAGAAGCACUUUCAAGCCGUGAGUGCUGGUCUUUCGAGCAACACCCAAGGAGAAGAGGCAACAAUCGCCGAACAGCUACGAACCGCAAAAAGCAACAUAGCAGAAGCUGAAACGGAAAUGAAGCAAGCUGAAAUGCAGCUUAAGCAUUCGCAAGAUCAGGUUAAGAAGCAGCAGGCUGAAUGCAAGAAAACAGAGUCGGAUUACAAAAAGGAUGAGGCUGCUUGCAAGGAGAUUGAGAAGCGGCUAGGCAACAUGAAGGGCCAGAUUGAGAAGCUCAACUAUGAGGAAGGCAAAGAAGAAAGUCUUCUCACUCAAAAGCGGGGGUUAGAACAGGAGAUUCACGGACUGGGAGAAAAGAUUGACGUCUUUGAGGCGAGAAACCAGCACCUGGCAUUCCAUUACGCGGACCCUGUGCGGAACUUUGAUCGCAGCAAGGUGUUGGGUCUGGUGUGCGACCUGUUCUCGGUGAAAGAUCCCCAGGCAUCCCGCGCUCUUGAGUUGGCUGCAGGCGGAAGGCUCUACAACAUUGUGGUAGACAACGAAGAGACGGGCAAACUUUUGUUGAAAAAUGGGAAGCUCAAACGGCGUGUCACUAUUAUCCCGCUGAACAAGAUUGCUGGUAGAUCAGUGGAACCACAAGUACUGAAGAGAGCACAAAACUUGGUGGGUCAGGACAAGGUAUUCUCCGCCCUCUCCCUCGUAAGCUAUGACCCUGCUGUUGCGGAGGCCAUGAAAUUUGUGUUUGGCACUACCCUCAUUACAACCAACAUGGACGAUGCGCGGGUCGUUGCUUUUGACAACGGGGUCCUUAAAAGGACGGUGUCGUACGACGGCGCGUCUUUCGAUCCUUCGGGUGUCAUUUCUGGAGGUGCCCAGUCGAGGGGCCCGAGCACCCUGGAACAAGUUGCGGCUAUCAGGAAGGACCGCAGCGAUCUGCAAGCGCGUCAGCAGCAGUUAACCAAUGUCAACAGGGAACUAGGAGGGAUUCAAGCAAUAGCGCAGAAGUUCAGUAAAUUGAAGGAAGAGUAUGACUUGAAAGAAACCGAGAUGGCGCAGCUUCGAAGUCGUCUUCAACAGAGCACACAUCACCAGUUGCUACAGCAGUACAACUCUAUUUUACGAACUAUCGACGAGUCAAAAGCCAAAGUGGAAGCAUGUAAGAAGGCAAAACAGGAUGCCACAGCUCGUGCAAAGGAAUUAGAAGCAAAGAUCAAGGACGCCAAGAACAUCCAUGAACGGGAACUCAAAGCUGCUGAGCAACAAAUAGCAUCUUGUAGGAAGAAAGCUGAAGAGUCUGUGAAAAAAUCAAACCAGAAGAAAGAGGAAGUGGAAGGCUUACGUCUGGAGGUGCAAGAACUAGAAAAGGGACUCGAAUCCUACAAUGAACAGAUUGCUGCUCAUGAUGCCAUGAUUCAGAAGUGUGAGAAGCAACUGUCAGACCUUCAAGAGAGCUUGACAGCCAUCAAGGCUAAGGUGACAGACGCAACAAAUGCGGUGAAAGGGCAGAAAGAAAAGCUGAAAGAAGCGUCCAAGCAAAUCAGAGACAAGAAUGUGGAGAAGGAGGGACUGCAGAAGAAAGUUAAUAAGCUGAAGUUGAACAUUCAGCAGUGGGAACACGAUCUCGCCAAGAUACGUAAGGAGUCGAAUGAUGCUCAAGAAAAGCUGCGUAACCUUCUUCACCACUACCCCUGGAUCGACUCAGAAAAACAGUACUUUGGCAAACCCAACACAGAGUACGACUUUAAAGCCAACAACCCCAGCGAGGUCGGCAGACGAAUUCAGUGCCUCAAGGACGCGAAGGAGAAACUUGGCCAGAAUGUGAACAAGCGGGUUCAAAACAUGUUGCUGAAGGCCGAGGAGCAGUACCAAGACCUGAUGCAGAAGAAAAGGAUCGUCAUGAAUGACAAGGCAAAGAUAUCCGAUGUUAUCAAGGAACUCGACGAAAUGAAGAACCAAGUACUCCAGGAGGCAUGGAAGAAAGUCAACGAGGACUUCGGGUCCAUCUUCAGCACUUUGCUCCCUGGCACGAGCGCAAAGUUGGUGCCACCUGAGGGUAUGACUGUGCUGGAUGGGCUAGAGGUGAAGGUUGCAUUCGGAAACGUGUGGAAAGAGUCACUUACGGAGCUCAGCGGAGGACAGAGGUCUCUGGUUGCGCUGUCCCUGAUUUUGUCAUUGCUGCUUUUUAAGCCAGCGCCUAUCUACAUCCUCGACGAAGUAGACGCAGCCCUCGAUCUCUCUCACACGCAGAACAUUGGCCAGAUGCUGCGUACACAUUUCAAGCACUCUCAGUUCAUAGUGGUGUCCUUGAAAGAAGGCAUGUUCAACAAUGCAAAUGUUCUUUUCAAGACCAAAUUUGUGGAUGGCAUGUCGACAGUGACACGCUUUGCUCAGAGACAGUGAAGUGUGGACAACUGAUGUCCGAUUUGUGAGGGUGCACUGUGUAUUAUUCUUUCGUGAUCAUUCGGUUAAUUUUGCUUUUAAUGCAAGCAUGUAUGCUACUUAGUUUCAUCACCAAGUUUGAGUCUGUACUAUAAUUUUUAGUAUUUACAAUUUUAUGCAUUUCCUCUGUAUUCUGUUCAUAAUCAUAUUAAAUAAGUAUUCUCCAAC